AUGACACUUCCUUCCUCUACUACUACAUAUACACAACUUGUAUGCAAGCUGCACAAAUCGAUUUAUGGUCUCAAACAAUCUUCAAGAAAAUGGUACCGUAAACUCUCGAAUGCACUUCUUCAAGAUGGAUUUCACCAAUCCCAAGCUAACUACACUCUAUUGACAAAGGAAGAUACAGGAUAUACAAGCAGUAAGCCUGCCAAGACCCUAAUAGAUCCUCGUAUCCAACUGGAUGAUGAACAAGGAGAACCUCCCGAUGAUCCUUCACCACAUCGUCAACUCAUUGGUCAACUCCUUUACCUUACUUUAUCAAGAUCUGACAUCACAUACGUCGUUCACAACCUCAGCCAGUUCAUGUUGAAACCUCGUACACCACAUUUGCAGGCAGUUCACCAUUUGAUUCGUUACUUAAAAGGAAGUCCUGGUCAAGGCCUCCUUUACUCUACAUCAUCUUCAUUGCAUCUUUGUGGAUUCUCAUACUUCGAUUGGGCCUCUUGCCCAACUACUAGGCGUUCCACCAUAGGUUUUUGUGUGUUCUUUGGUGACUGUCUCGUCUCAUGGCGGACCAAGAAGCAACGAAAAAUCUCAAAGAACUCUACUGAGGCUGAGUAUCAUGCGCUGGCUGCCUCAAGUAGUGAGCUUACAUGGUUACAAUAUUUGCUCACUGAUUUUCAAAUACAGUAA